AUGUCAGGUAUCUUCUUUAAAACUCCACUUACAGACGAAGAACUUACAGAAUUUACUCAAUUGUUUAAUUCAUUAGAUAUUAGACAUAAAUCAACCGUAAAUUUUGUACAGGUACAAGCUUUAUUAUCAAAGACUGGAUUACCAUCAGAGACAAUUAUUAGUAUUUGGAACCUUGUAGAUACUCAUCAUACUCAACAACUUGAUUUUAAACAGUUUGCUGCGUUAUUAAGAGCUAUAGGAAAGAAACAACAUUAUCCCCUAGUCCCGAUUGAUACUAAUUUAUUCGAAGUACCUUCCCCAAAGAUUAUACUUUCUAAAGAAGCUAACACUACAAUCACCAGUACUCCUGCCCUAUCCCCGGAUAUCAUUACUCACCACCAUCAUCAGUCAACAUCAUCAACAACAAAAAAUAUGAAUAACGAUAAUAUUAUAUCAGAUCCUGCUCAGUCCGUAGAGAUGCCUCCAUUGACUCCAAAUGAUCUGUCGAAAUUUUCUCAAUUAUUUGAUAGAGCAUGUAAAGGCCCAGAUAAUGUCCUAUCUGGUAACGAUGCUAAACAAAUCUUUGUUAAGGCAAAAUUAUCAAAUAAAGUCUUAGGAGCAAUUUGGUACUUAUGUGAUAAUGGAACAAAAGGUUAUUUAACUAAAGAAGAAUUCAUAAUGGCAAUGCACUUAAUUGAUUUACGUCUAUCAAAGCAUGGUUCAAUGGAUCCAUUACCAAGAAAGUUAUCUGAAGAAGUUUGGGAUUCUGUAAAUCUUGGUUCCAUAAAGACAGCUCCACCCAAACCACCAACUUCUUCUCAAGCAAUGGCUGCUCCACAACAAAAUGUCAAUCGAAAUAGUGUUAUUAGUUCCGGUAACUCUGCACCAAAGCCACCACCACAUCGUGCAUCAACUCUUAAUAAUGAUGUAUUUGCAGCGUUCAAUGGCUCACCAGAUGAUUGGACCGUUUCACCUCAAUUGAAGGGACAAUUAGAAAAAAUGUUUGAUACCUUAAACACUUCUAAUUCGGAAAUUUUAACUCCAGAUAUUUUAGUACCUGUUCUAACAAAAUCAUCUCUAAGUAAGGAAGAUUUGGCUGAUGUAUGGGAAUUAGCUGAUAUGGACAAGAAAAGUGCUUUAACUAAAAAUGAAUUUGUCAUUGCAAUGUUCUUAAUUAAAAAAGUUAAAGCAAGAACAACUUUACCACAAGAAAUUCCUCCUCAACUAUUAGAUUCUUUACAGAGACAACCUUCCCAAUUUGACAAUCAAUCUAUUCGUUCAAGAACAUCCACUAACACUAAUCCUCAACCAUCUCAAAUCCAAACCCCUCAAACAAACAAAAGUAUAGGCCAGUUCCAAACUCCGGAGAUGCCUUCUCCAAAAAUCAAUUCUUCUCACGUUCCACCUGGUGCUCCCAUCCAAGAGGCCAUUAGGAAGCAAAGUGUUAACCAAUUCCCAUCUACGAAUCAAAAAGAAAUUUUAGAGACUCAAGCCAAUAUAAAAAAUUUGGAAAACAAAAUGACAUCUGCAGAGUCUGAAUUAUCAGAAUCCUAUAAAUUAGAGGUCAAUAAAGGCCAAGAAUUGGAACCAUUGAAAGCCAAAGAAGCGGAAUUAACUGAAAAAUUGGGAGUAAUCACCUUAGGUAUUGAAGAAUCGACUACCAAAACAACCGAAUUAGAGGCUCAAAUUGAGGAGACGAAUAAAAAUAUUUCAUCAUUGGAACAGGAAUUAACCACAGCAGAAGGUAAUUAUCACGCCAGUGAGGCAAGAUUGGAUGAGUUACAUGCAACUCUGCAAGAGUCAUCUACUAAACAUGAACAAAUGAAGUCAGAAAUCGUUAAUUUGCAAUCAAUGACGGCAUCAGUAAACUCCCAAUUAGCUUUAAAACAAGAUGAAGUUAGAGACGUUAUGAUUUCCGUUGAUGGAACAACUAAAGAACUGGACUCGAAUAGAAUUACUGCUGACAACAUUCAAAAGGAAAUUGAUGCUUUGGAUACGAGGAUUAAUCUUUACUUAAAUAAGAAGAAAGAAUUAGAUAACUAUGAAAACGUUGUCAAAGAUCAACAUGAAAAAUUAGAGAAAAAGUAUAAGGAGUUAGAAAAACAUAGUGAAAAGAUUAAGCACUUCGAGCAACUAUUGAAGGAGAAAGAAAGUGCGUACAAGACAAAAUUGAACGACCUUGAUUCUAACGAUAGGUUGACUCUGAAAAACGAAGUUGCGAACGCAAAUAACCAGGAUGACUCAGCUAUACUUUCAGAAAAGAUUGACCAUAUUAACUUAAAUCUCGAGAAUAAUGUAUCUUCUCUUGGAGCAAACGAUGCCACUACUGAAAAAAUUCCGGACGUUCCUGCCGAACAAGUUAUUGAAAAUCCUUUACCAAUUGAAAAACAAGAGAGUACAGAAACUGAUAAUGAUCCAGACGAAUUCCAAGACACAGUUGAAGAAAUCAUUCCCACACCAACGGAGGUUGAAGAUAUCGUAAAUACUCCUGUUGCUGACACGAAAUCAUCUGAUUAUGUGGAAGUUCCAGCCGAAGUAUCUGAAGAACCAUUUGAACAAAUUGAAUCUAAUGAUGCGAAUGAGGACGAUGUGACCAUCUAG